UUUUAGCUGUAAGAUGUUUCAGAACCUCAAUUUGUCUUAUCCCACUUCAGGUUUUGGCAGCUUUGAAACAGUUCCAGUGCAGCGCAGAUAAGGCGGCCCUGCGCUGCCUCGACAGGACUGUUGUGAAAGUGUUGAGGUCUUCGCAGGAAUGCAGUGACAGGUCUGGACCUGAACUUCCGCAUUAAACAGGAAGAAGUCAAGAGUCAGAGAGACAGAUGCAACCCACAUCCACACACCCAAAUGCGCCUGCAUGUAACUGUUUUCUGGUGGUGAGGCUUGUUAGAGAAUAAGACUUUAAGGUGGAGCUGGUUUCUAUGAAGGUGGCGGCCUGAAACUUUACUUGUGAAAAAGGACUUAUACGUUUGAAAAGAUGGACGACAUAGACGCCAUGUUCACAGACCUGCUGGGGGAGAUGGACCUCCUCACACAGAGUCUCGGUCAGGAAACGGUGCCUCCUGAACCCUUCCCAAGCGCCAAAGAAGAAGUCAACUACUCCAUUGGCUUCACAGACCUGAAUGAGUCGCUCAAUGAACUUGAAGACAAUGAUCUGGAUGCUCUCAUGGCCGAUCUCAUGGCCGAUCUCAAUGCAACGGAAGAGAAACUUGCAGCUCAGAUAGAAGAUCUGAAGGUGCCAUCCCCACCCCCGUCAGACCUGCCGGCACCCCCCAAAGGCCUGAGCGCCUACCCUGCUUCAUCUGUCGCUUCCCCAACAUCACCCUCGAGCAGCACCAGCAGCAAUGUUAGCACCCCAGCCUCCUCCUCCGCCUCCCCCUUACCACCUCCACCUCCUCAGUCUGCAAAGCCUACAAUGGAGGAAAUCGAGGCGCAGAUGAAAGCAGACAAAAUCAAGAUGGCUCUUGAGAAGCUCAAGGAAGCAAAAGUGAAAAAGUUGGUGGUGAAGGUGCUGUUGAAUGACGGCAGCUCAAAGACUCUGAUGGUGGACGAGAGGCAGAGCGUCAGGGAGGUUCUGGACAACCUGUUUGAGAAGACUCACUGUGACUGCAAUGUGGACUGGAGCCUGUGUGAGACCAACCAUGAACUGCAACUUGAACGGACAUUUGAAGAUCACGAGAACCUUGUGGAGCCUCUGUUAGCAUGGACGAGGGACAGCGAGAAUAAAAUCCUCUUCCAAGAGCGCAAGGAAAAAAAUGAGGUUUUCAAAAAUCCACAGAACUUUUAUUUAUGGAAGAAAGAUAAGAGAGCUCUCAAAGAAAUAAAAGACAAGGACAAGGAGUUACUAGUACAGGAGAACUUCUGUGGGACUUCUAUCAUCGUGCCCGAUCUUGAGGCGGUGCUGCAUCUCAAAGAAGAUGGCAAGAAGUCGUGGAAGCAGCGGCUCUUCCAGCUGAGGGCUUCGGGGAUUUAUUACGUGCCCAAAGGGAAGACAAAGUCAUCUCGAGACCUUGUCUGCUUUGUCCAGUUCGACAAUGUAAAUGUCUACUACGCCAAAGACUAUAAGAACAAAUACAAAGCCCCGACCGACUUCUGCUUCAUUCUGAAGCAUCCUCAGAUCCAGAAAGAGUCUCAGUACAUCAAAUACAUGUGCUGUGAUGACGCCUGGACCAUGAACCUUUGGGUGACAGGAAUACGGAUUGCAAAGUACGGUGUGUCAUUGUAUGACAACUUCAAAACAUCUGAGAAGAAGGCAGCCGUCAGCUCUGUGUGGACGAACCGCAGCACUCCAGCAAGCUCCAAUCCAUCAACACCCUCUCCCACCAUCAAAGCCAAAUCACCAAACCAGGCCAACGGGCAUGCUCAGAAACCCCAAGAAAGACCUGUUUCUAAGGACUUUGGAAGUUUCCCACCUGCACCGGCACCUCCACCCCCUCCUCCACCUCCACCGAUGGCUGACAUUCUUCCCCCACCACCUCCUGACCCGGUCUUUCCUCCUCCACCUCCUCCAUUGGCUGCCAAGAGCUCCAAAAGACCAACCCCUCCUCAGCGACACAUGCCAAUCAACUUCCCACCUCCACCUGCGAUGGAAAACCUCCCCCCUCCACCUCUACCCCCACCUAUGGACGACUCCUUGGAGGCCCCACCAGACUUCCUCCCACCGCCUCCUCCUGCAUCUGGGUUUGGUUCUCUUCCACCUCCGCCUCCAUCUAUUAACUCUCUACCACCACCGCCUCUCCCUGCUGGUUAUGGAGGUAUGAACCAGUCUCUGCCACCUCCACCUCCAGAUCCAGGGUUUUUACCUCCACCUCCGCCUCAACCAGUGUUCACAGGGGGUGGAGGACCUCCUCCACCACCUCCUCCACCACCGCCUCCACCUUCUGCAGCCCCGAGAGCACCGGUGCAGUCGUCUGGCUCAGUGAAGAAGAGGCCUCCUGCUCCUCCAAAGAGGACUACACCAUCGAUGCAUGGAGGAGGAGGUGGAGGAGGCGGAGGUGGAGGAGGAGGGGGUGGGGACUUCAUGUCAGAACUGAUGCUGGCCAUGAACAAAAAGCGUAACACUUAACUAGAGUAAGGAAUCGGUGGAGUCAAACUGCGCCCACACAACAACUUACUCCAUCAGACAUCUCCAACAUGAAGUCAGUGGAGAUCAAUAGACUCUUGAUUCCUGUAACUUUCUUAUAAACUUCUUCCCCCUUAAAAAAAAUCUUAUGAAUCCAGUGGAGGUGACUAUUUAGAAAAGCAAAGAGUCAAACUUAAUGUGCAGUGUUUAGAAUUUCCUUUAUAUGAUUUUAAAUAUGUGAUGUUUUCUUUUGUGUUUUACAGAAUUGUACAUUAUUACGAAUGCUUGCAUGGAGGGCUGUAAAUAUUAUAGAAAACACUGAAUAAUCUUUAAAGGAGGUGUAUAAAGUUUCUGUACUUUUUGAAGGACUGUUGCCUGAAUAAGUACUUCAAACUCCUGGUGGCAUAAUGCUUACUGAAUGUCAUUUCUUAUUGGAUUGAACAUAAAGUUUUGCUCCCUGAUGAUGAGUUAAACCUGCUGCCAGCUGUUUGAAAUUAUUACUUCUGUACAAAAGUGUCUUGGAAAAAUGUAAUAAAAUGUAGAAACAUG